GACAGAAAUUUGUCGUCUCUGCGUGUUCAUUCUUUGUUUUUAGUACUUUGUCAGAAUUCUUGUUCAUUCUUUAGUUCAUUUGUACACUGUGUGCUGUUUUUGUUCCAAGAGCUGAGACACGCGCCUUUACAGGGUUAUUCUGAGCUGUAUAAAUCGCGAGUUUGUUAAAAUGUUUCCGUCACAGGUCACUUUGAGGCCUCAGGCCUGUAAGGUUUAGCAGUCUGCUAAAGAAACCUACCGUACUAGAGAUAAACAAACCAAAAUGGAGAAGACAAAACGUGGCGUGACCGACGACAGAUCCUAUUUUGAAAAGCUAGACAAUGCAUCAGGGAAACGAAACAAAGAGAGCAUUGUAUUAAUUGAUGGGAUUCCAGAAAAACCUCGGUCUAAAAAUCCAGAAGAUUUUUCCGACAUAAGGUACAUGGCUAUUGUCAACUAGUUUGUGUUUAGCCUGAGUGCCUUUACCAUGCUAGAGUUUGAGGAGUACAAAAGUCUCGCUGCUUACAAAACCUUUGUCCGGGUGGGUCAGAGACGUCGCUGCGUACUCACCUGGAUGUGACCACACAGUGACAACAGCUAAGAGACACCAGGCUGGUUGGGGUGGUGCCGCAGCAACUCGAUGCAAGAAAGGGUACCGCUGACGUGCAGCUGAAGAAGUCCAUCAACCUUCUGCACUGCACCGCCAUUAUGGUAGCGGCCACAGGCCACUCCUCCGUCUUCAUCUCGCCUGCCGCCAUUUUAGGCCUCGCUGGAUCCGUCGGUGCCUCCCUGGUUGUGUGGCUUGUAGGCGGACUGAUCAACUUGGGGCUGGCGCUGUGCUUUGCUGAACUAGGAACGAUGCUGCCCAAAGCCGGUGGACAUUACGUCUACGUCAUGCACACCUUCGGGCCGCUGGCAGGCUUCCUCAUGAUGUGGGGCUACGUGGUGCUGAUUUCGGGGCCCAUUUGGGCCUUCCUGGCCUACACAGCGGCUCUGUACAUCGUCAAGCCCGCGUUUCCUGAAUGUCAGCCCGAGCAGAUGGACACAGGUGUCAAGAUUCUGGCAGGCUGGAUCAUGAUAACGAUGGUGGCGCUGAACUGCGUGUACAUGAAGUACGUCACCAAGAUCCAGACUCUGCUGUCCAGCACCAAGAUCGUGGCCCUGCUUAUCAUCAUCAUCGCCGGCUUCUACCAAAUGGCGGUGGGAAAUACGGAGAAUUUAGACGAUCUAUUCGAAGGAACUACCCAGGAACCUGGCAAGUUUGCUGUAGCCAUAUUUUACUCCAUAUUUUCCUACGGCGGAUGGCAAGUGUUGACGUCACUUAUGGAAGAAGUGAAAAACCCUGGAAGAGACCUGCCGCUUUCUGUGUACAUAACAUUCGUCAUUGUCAUCAUCAAGUACAUCCUCACAAACGUCGCCUACUACACCCUGAUCACGCCCCAGGAACUUCUGCGUUCCAGCGCCAUUGCUCUGAUGUACAUGGAUCGCCUUUAUCGGCCCGUGUCACCGCUGAUAUCAGUCCUUGUGGCCACCACUUCCAUUGGCGCUUUGAACGCUUGCAUCAUGGGACACUCACGGCUGCUGUUUGCUGGUGCUAGAAAUGGUCACAUGCCGCUGUUGAUGGGCAUGAUCCAUCCCAAGUACCUCACGCCGUGGCCAGCAAUUUUUGCUUUGCUUGUGUGGAGCUUAGUGAUGCUGUACUCUGGCAGUGUGACAGACAUGAUGGAAUUCAUUUCUUUGUUUUCUUCAAUCAUGGGCAUAGCAGUUGUCUGCUCACUACUAUACCUGAGGUGGAAAAAGCCAAAUGAAAAAAGACCCUACAAGACGAUGCUGUUUGUUCCUGUUGUGCAACUCAUCAUCAACUUGGCGGUGCUAGUGCUGGCUAUUUACCAGAAGCCUCAUCAGAUGGGUAUUGGCCUGUUGAUCUUGUUUGCUGGCGUCCCUGUUUACUGGCUGGGCGUCCUCUGGCGCUCAAAGUCAAAGUGGUUCACAUCUAUGAUGGAGGGUAUUACAGUGCUGAUACAGAAGGCACUUCUUCUGGCAAAGUCACAGUGAAUGACAGAACAAGGACUUCUGACAUAAGCUGCUAAUGUAUAAAAAAAAUUGUAUAAAGACAUUAAAACCUUUUUCAAUGUCUCGUAUA